GAGCGGAGCGGAGCGGAGCGGAUCGACGCGGGGCGCAGCGCAGCGCUGUGAGGCCGGCAGGAUGCUGGAGAUCCAGCUGGACGAUGGCGGCGUGGGGGGGUACCCGGGCGACGACUAUUGCUCGGGUUCGGUGAUGUCGGAGCGGGUGUCGGGCCUGGCCAACAGCAUCUACCGCGAGUUCGAGCGGCUCAUCCACUGCUAUGACGAGGAGGUGGUGAAGGAGCUGAUGCCGCUGGUGGUGACGGUGCUGGAGAACCUGGACUCGGUGCUGACCGAUAACCAGGAGCACGAGGUGGAGCUGGAGCUGCUGCGGGAGGACAACGAGCAGCUCCUCACGCAGUACGAGCGGGAGAAGGCGCUGCGCAAGCAGGCCGAGGAGAAGUUUAUAGAGUUUGAAGAUGCACUGGAACAGGAGAAGAAAGAGCUACAAAUCCAAGUGGAACACCUUGAAUUUCAGACUCGACAGCUGGAGCUGAAGACCAAAAACUAUGCAGAUCAGAUUUCACGGCUGGAGGAACGUGAAUCAGAAAUGAAGAAAGAGUACAAUGCUUUACAUCAGCGUCACACAGAGAUGAUUCAGACCUACGUGGAACACAUUGAACGAUCCAAAAUGCAGCAGGUUGGGGGAAAUAAUCAAACUGAGGGCAGUGUACCUGGGAGAAGGAAGGAACGUCCUAACUCUCUGAAUGUCUUCCCCCUCGCGGAUGGCAUGGUACGUGGGCAGAUAGGGGCCAAGAUCGUCCCAACACUGGACCACUGGCACCUGAGUGACCUCGGCCAGCUGCAGUCCAACUCCAGCUACAAGUGUCCCCAAGAUGAAAUGUCUGAAUCUGGGCAGUCCUCAGCAGCUGCCACGCCGAGCACCACCGGAACCAAGUCCAACACUCCCACAUCAUCUGUGCCCUCUGCUGCUGUCACGCCUCUGAAUGAGAGCAUCCAACCCAUCAGUGAAUACAAUGGCACAACCAAGAGCAACAAGAGGACACGAGAAAAGCGGAACAGCCGGAACAUGGAAGUCCAGGUCACGCAGGAGAUGAGGAAUGUCAGCAUAGGUAUGGGAAGCAGUGAUGAGUGGUCCGAUGUUCAGGACAUCAUAGACUCCACUCCUGAGCUGGAUAUGUGUCAAGAUCCCCGCCUGGAACGCCCUGGUAACAGCCCAACCCAGGGGAUUGUGAACAAAGCAUUUGGCAUCAACACAGACUCUCUCUAUCAUGAACUUUCCACAGCAGGAUCUGAGGUGAUCGGGGACGUUGAUGAAGGAGCAGAUCUGCUAGGGGAGUUCUCAGGAAUGGGCAAAGAAGUAGGCAAUCUGCUGUUGGAGAACUCACAGCUACUGGAGACCAAAAAUGCUUUGAACGUUGUGAAGAAUGAUUUGAUUGCCAAGGUGGACCAAUUGUCUGGAGAGCAAGAAGUACUGAAGGGAGAGCUUGAGGCAACAAAGCAAGCCAAAGCCAAAAUGGAAACCAGAGUCAAGGAGCUGGAGGAAGAGCUGAAAAGAGUGAAAUCUGAAGCGAUUGUUGCCCGACGAGAGCCCAAAGAAGAGGUGGAGGAUGUAAGCAGCUAUCUCUGUACAGAAUUGGACAACAUUCCCAUAGCUCAGCGCCGACGCUUCACCCGUGUAGAAAUGGCCCGGGUUCUGAUGGAGCGCAAUCAAUACAAAGAGAGGUUGAUGGAGCUCCAGGAGGCUGUCAGGUGGACUGAGAUGAUCAGAGCUUCCCGUGAGCACCCAUCCGUCCAGGAGAAGAAGAAGUCCACCAUUUGGCAGUUCUUCAGCCGUCUGUUCAGUUCCUCCUCAAGUCCCCCACCAGCAAAGAGGACCUACCCAUCUGUGAACAUCCACUACAAGUCUCCAACCACAGCAGGUUUCAGCCAGCGACGCAGUCACACCAUGUGCCAGAUCUCCUCUGGCAGCCGCACCCUGGAGUUCUUCCCUGAGGAUGACUGCACGUCCUCAGCACGCCGUGAGCAGAAGCGGGAGCAGUACCGCCAGGUGCGGGAGCACGUGCGGAACGAUGAUGGGCGGCUGCAGGCCUGCGGCUGGAGCCUCCCUGCCAAGUACAAGCAGCUGAGCCCCAAUGGUGGUCAGGAAGAUACUCGCAUGAAAAAUGUCCCUGUGCCUGUAUAUUGUCGCCCACUUGUAGAGAAGGACCCAACCAUGAAGCUCUGGUGUGCAGCUGGAGUCAAUCUCACUGGAUGGAGACCAUUGGAGCAGGAGGCUGGGAAUGGGCAGAAACUGGAUCCUGGACGGGAUCCUCUCACCUGUGAUCGGGAAGUGGAGGGUGAGAACAACAAAAGUAACCAUACAUCUCCUGAAAAGAAAAAGGCAAAGGAGUUCCAUGAAAUGGAUGCCACGUCCAGUCGUGUCUGGAUCCUCACCAGUACCCUGUCAACAAGUAAAGUUGUAAUCAUUGAUGCCAAUCAGCCUGGCACAGUGGUGGACCAGUUCACUGUCUGCAAUGCUCAUGUGCUCUGCAUCUCCAGCAUCCCCGCGGCCAGUGAGAGUGAUUAUCCUCCAGGAGAGAUCUUUCUGGAGGGAGAUGUAAAUCCUGAAGAGUCGUCUGGAACAGAUGGUGUCUUGGCAGGAAUCACUCUGGUGGGCUGUGCAACUCGCUGCAAUGUGCCACGAAGCAACUGUUCCUCGCGUGGUGACACACCUGUGCUGGACAAGGGACAGAGUGAAGUGGCUGCAGUCUGCAAUGGGAAGAUCAACCAAUCUCAGUCUACAGAGGAGGCAACAGAAGCUACAGAGGUGCCAGAGAAUGGUACAAGUGAGACAGAGCCCAUUCAAGCCCGUUCUGGACCCCUCACAGAGCACGUGUUUACGGACCCAGUCCCUGUACAGGCACCUCUUCGUCAGAACGGAGAGAAUGGGCAGCUGAAGACAGAGUCGAGCACAGCACUGCCAGAUCAGGAGCUAAAUGGGGAUGCUGCUGGGACAUGCACCAGUGCUGCCCCCACCAUGUGGCUGGGAGCACAGAAUGGCUGGCUUUACGUGCACUCUGCUGUAUCUAACUGGAAGAAGUGUCUGCACUCAAUAAAGCUAAAGGACUCCGUGCUGAGUCUAGUGCAUGUGAAAGGAAGGGUCCUUGUUGCUCUGGCAGAUGGAACACUGGCCAUAUUCCACCGAGGAGAAGAUCGUCAGUGGGAUCUCAGUAAUUACCACCUAAUGGACCUUGGUCACACUCAUCAUUCUAUCCGCUGCAUGGCUGUUGUGUAUGACAGAGUCUGGUGUGGCUACAAGAACAAAAUCCAUGUUAUUCAACCUAAGACAAUGCAGAUUGAGAAGUCCUUUGAUGCCCACCCUCGGCGCGAGAGCCAGGUGCGACAGCUGGCGUGGAUUGGAGAUGGAGUGUGGGUUUCCAUCCGCCUGGAUUCCACCCUGAGGCUUUACCACGCCCACAGCCAUCAACAUCUGCAGGAUGUUGACAUUGAGCCUUAUGUCAGCAAGAUGCUGGGUACUGGAAAAUUGGGCUUCUCAUUUGUACGGAUUACAGCCCUGCUCAUUGCUGGCAAUCGUCUCUGGGUGGGAACAGGGAACGGUGUUGUCAUCUCCAUUCCAUUGACUGAGACUGUAGUCCUCCACCGAGGCCAACUCCUUGGGCUCCGGGCCAACAAGACCUCCCCCACCUCUGGAGAGGGCAGCCGCUCUGGAGGGGUGAUCCACGUGUACGGUGAUGACAACAGCGACAAAUCUGCCAGCAGUUUUAUUCCCUACUGCUCCAUGGCUCAGGCACAGCUCUGUUUCCAUGGUCACCGUGAUGCUGUCAAGUUCUUUGUCUCUGUGCCUGGCAAUGUGCUAGCAACUUUGAAUGGGAGCGUGUUGGACAGCCCCUCGGAGAACCCCAGCACAGCAGCCACAGAGACUGAGGGGCAGAAGCUGAAGAAUGUCCUGGUGCUGAGUGGAGGAGAAGGGUACAUUGAUUUCCGGAUCGGGGAUGGAGAAGAUGAUGAGACAGAGGAGAAUGCAGGAGAUGCCACCCAGGUGAAGCCAGUACUUUCUAAGGCAGAAAGGAGCCACAUUAUUGUGUGGCAGGUAUCCUAUAUCCCAGAGUGAGAAUUUCUCCUUUCCUACUGAUGUAAGUGUCCCUGUUCCCGCCUGAAUGCCACGAUGUACAUACAGAACACCUGCAUUAAACCUACUGCUGGAAACCGACCCCAGACAACUGCAGCGGCUCCUGCCUCGGACUGUGACCCCUUUGUAACCUCUGAACUUGCAGCUUUCAUCUUGGGCCCAUGAGCUUUCUGCGUGGUUGGAUUAUUGUUCUGCUCUGAAGCUGGCGUCUACAAGGAGAGAAAUGGCAGUGCAUUGAUAAAGUGAAGCUUGGAGCCAGAGCUGUGCAAAAGCUUUGCCUGAGGCUGGGGAGCUGGACAGGUGGUGGGUCUGGUUGUCCAGCAGGAUGCCUUGCUCCCACCUGCAUGAGAAGUAGUACAGCACCCUGGCAUCCCCGCCAAAGCAGUGAUGGAGGAUCACAGCUCCUACAGCACCCCAGAAGAAAUCCUUCCUUGUUCACCAGUGGACUUUCCACCUUAUCCACUAUGCACAGAGAGCACUCGAGCAUAGAAUAAUAUCCCACAGACUGACAGCAGCCAGGUCCAAGGAGCCUUCAGUAGAAAGGAAUGUCGAGGUUGGGAAGCGCUUUUGCUGUUUGGCUGGAGAAGGUGGCGGGGCCAUCAGUGUGGGGAACACAUCCUCCACACUUGCAGAUGGAAAGUCUCCCUCCUCUUCUGCUGCUUUUAUCAUAGCAGUAGUGUGCUGGGUGACUGCGUGUGUCCAGAGGGGAUUGUUUGGUAGGCUCAGGUGGGUGACAGAUGGUUGAUUGUGGAGGCCAUGGGGCCUUUCAAAACUAUUAACAAAGAAGUACUGGAACCCUGUUAUUUUAAAGGGGGGAAAGGCAGUGAUAUUUUAACUCACUUCUCCAAAAAAAUGUCAAGCAGAAAAAAUUGAGUUCAUUCGUUUUGUGAGCCUGAAAGCUUUAGGAGAAAGUUAUCUCUACAUAGGAUUUAUUGGCUUUUAAAAUAGAGGCGACAGCAGAUAACGUUGGCGUGCUGUGAAUUCUGCAUUAACACACUGAGAUUACUUCGACUCAUCAGGUUCCCAUCCUGCUGGGAACUGCUGGCAUCCUGCUGAAAGGAGGUGGCUGUUUUCCUUUACACAGUGGCUGUCAGGUUAGGAAAGACUGUAGGUGCAGUCAAGGUGUACAGGCUGUUGUCUCUUGCCUGAGGUUAUGCAGAUAAGGGAAUUGAGGCCAGAUCUCCCAGCUCCUCUUAGCCAACAUCACAAGCACUGAUUGACUUUGUUAGUGAGUAGUUUGAAAAGCUGGGUCUUUGUUACUCCUCUAAAGAAUGACAGCCUCUGAGAGAAAUUCUGACUGCGCUCCUUGUGCAAGCUGUGUGUCCUGCUUAUAGGAGAAGCAGCCAAAAAUGCAGCCAGGGAGAACAGUUUUAAGCUCCAUAUUCAAAGUGUGGCAGCUCCAGAUGCAGAGGCAGUGGUUUAUUUUCCCUUUCUGACAGUUGCAACAGUCCUUUCUCUACAAAGGCUACCUGUUAGCAGUGGAUUUAGAAGAUUCUGGUGGCUGUCUUACUGGUUUCCGAGCUGUGCAGCACUCUGAAUCUCCCAGGGAUGUCCACCUCCAUUUCUGAGGAAUGUGACCUGUGCUUGUUGGCAUGGCCCAGGCUGCCCCCAGGCCUUGUGGUCUGCAGCUGUUUGUGUGCUGCAGGAACACAGCAUUCACUGGGGAAACUUUAACACCUGUCCGCAUUCAGCAGCACUGAAAUGCUCUUUGGAUCCUCAGUUCAGAACAGGCUGGGGCACACAGUUCCCAUCCAGGGAGGCAAGAGGAUGUACCCAGAGUGCAGAGGCCUCAGCCAUCAAAUUAUGGGGCCACAGUGCUGCCCACACUGCCUGAGCAGCUGGUGACGUGCAGACCCUUGCAGAGGUAGGAAACCAGCUGGGCUGUAUCUUCAAGCCAGCAGCUUGCCAGGAUCUGUGGCUUGUAUUUGGCUGAUUCUGCAAGCAGUUGCUCAUGUAGAGGGGAAUAUUUGAGAGGAGACAUCUCACUUGGGGCAAUGCUGACCAUGGAUUGCUCACUCACAUCCCCAGAAUGCUUUCUGCUAGAACAGGCUUUCUAGGUCACAGCACAGGGUGCAAUAACAGAUGUUUAGACAGCAGAUUCCACAGAUAUCUAACAGUUAAAGCCAGGAAAAUGGCAUAAUUUGGUCUCAUUUAAUGGCAAAUCCAAUUCUUUAGGUGUGUCAACCCUUCAGCGUAAAAAUACAGGAUCGCAACAUUCUUACCUCUUACAAUUUGUUCUCUAUCUGGUUUUAGCAGUAAAAGUGACAAUAUUCAGUCUUCUGUCACCCACUGGUCCAUGGCAACAUAAGGAAACCACUCUCGGGCCUCUGCCAACAGGUUCCUUCCCAGUUUGGUGCAUGGUUUCCUCCAAGAGAAGCACACAUGUCAGAGGGGUGGCUCCAGCUCAGCCUCUGCUGUCAGCUCCUGUUGGGAUGUGGUGGCUGCUGGGCAGCAAGGUGAGAACUGACUGGCUUCAACACACUUCCCUGUCAUAUCUCCACUGUGAUGUAUGUAAAGUAUCUUGUAUGUUACAAAAGGAUUUUAAAAAGUGUCUUAAGGCCUGUAAACUCCGCUGUUUGGUCUGAAGAUGGCAUUCUGUAAAGAGACCGCUGUAUGAAUACGUUCCCAUGCUUUUUUCCCUAUGCUAUCAAACAACAAACCAUAUCUGUUCUGUAUGUAAUAAAUGUGUUAACAUCA